AUGAAGCUCCUCCUCACACUCGCCUUCCUCACGGCAGCCCUGGCCAACCCGGUCCCAGAGGCUGAAGCCGAAGCCGCCCCUGCUCCCAACCGCCUCACCACUGAGGCCGCCCAAGGCCAAUACUGCAAGAUCCUGGCUAGUACCUUGAACUGCCGCUACCAUGCCAACGACAAGUCCGACAUCAUCACCACGUUUAGCAAGGGGCAGAGCAUAUACUUCUCCUGCUACUCCUCGGGGACGUGUGUCAGUGGAAACUGUGCGUGGGAUUACGCGCCGGACUACGACUGCUUCGUGAGCGCGCACUAUACGGAUGAUAAGUGCACUACGACAUCUCUGCCGAAGUGUGGCUUUUCCAAAGUGUGA